UGGCCAGGCGGCUCGAAGAAGGGAGAGAGAGAAAAAAUCAGCGACCCUGGACUUUUGACAGCAGGGUGUGGUGGCCGGGAGGGAGUCUCAAUCUGAACUCUGAGACCAGGCGGAGUAACUAUAAAUGCUGGAGUUUGGAAGCUGGCGUCACCGGACGGCUAGCCUCCCCCCACCCCUCCGGCCCCCAGAGUCCUCUACAAAAAACCCUCUGCAAAGCCGUUGCCAGAAUCCGUGGAGGGAACAUCCCCGGCCGGAGAGACGUCCAUCCAGGAGAUGUAGAGGAGGCGGUUGUGGGUCCCGGACAUCUCUGCUGCAGAUCACGCCCGCCAAAGACUCCUGCAGACGUUCCGUUUCCCCUUCUCCCGCUGUUCCUGAUGGCUCAAAACGACACGGCGUAGGGCCUUUCCCCGCGGUACGAUCCCUGGCAAGAUGUCCACCACGAAAGUGCCCAUCUACCUGAAACGGGGGAGCCGGAGAGGGAAAAAAGAGAAGCUCCGCGACAUCCUCUCCUCUGACAUGAUCAGCCCCCCUCUGGGGGAUUUCCGGCACACGAUCCACAUUGGGAGCGGCGGGGAGAGCGACAUGUUUGGGGACGUCUCGUUCCUGCAAGGCAAGUUCCACCUCCUGCCGAGGACGGAGGGCCACCCGGACGGGUCUGGCCAUUACGUGGUACCCUUCGAGUUCUCCCGGACGGCUACCAUCUCGGGUUACGAGCCGUCUCUGGACAUCCCGUCGCCCGUCCUCAAGAACGCCAUCUCGCUGCCCGUCAUCGGGGGCCUGCAGGCUCUCACCUUGCCGCCGGCUCAAGCCCCGCCCAAGCCGCCCCGGCUCCACCUCGAUGACAAGGGCCAACCGGCUUGCCAAGUCAAGGACCCUGUUGAGAAUCCGGCCACGGAGGUUAGGACUCUCCAGCCCCGAGACACACCCAACGGCAAGUGCCCGGCAGCCCCUCUGAAUGGCUUUGUGGGGGAAGACCAGACCGACGAGCCCUUUCUGUCCCACGCCGGCUCCCUCCUCUCUCUCCACGUGGACUUGGGGCCGUCCAUCUUGGACGAUGUUCUCCAGGUGAUGGAGAAGCACCAUCCCGGGAAAGAGGAGAUGCCUUUGCAGGAUGCCAACAGGGAGGAAAUCUUGACGUGAUGAGCUGGGCCUCCAUCGGAAAGGACAUGUCGUUAUUAUUAUUAUUUUUUAAAUGCAACGUUUUGUUGAUGAGUGUUUUGCUGUUAACUGGGCCACGUAUAAUUAGGGGAUUGGAAAGAAAGAGUAUGAGUGUGUGUGUGUGUGUGCGCGUUGGGUGCAGCUUCACUAAUAUUAUUGCCAAGCUUUUCAAAGAUUAUCUUGCUGAGUCAGCCGCCGCCGUCUCCUUCCUCCAGCACACCCUGCAUCAACCAAGCUGAGACUUGGGCGGGCGGAGGUUCUCCCCUACCCUGAGCUUCGGGAACCUGUAAACAGAACAAUAAAUUCACAGGCAUCUUGUUACCUGCAAACAA